AUGCAAUCCAUAUUCAGCCGUUUAACGGUGAUAAUCACCACGUCGCCAACGCCUUCAAGUCCCUCCACUGACCUAAUCUCAUCAGUAAUAGAAUCGUUUCGGUUGCAUUGUCCUGAAUUGGUCGCGACGCGGGUGAUCGUGGUCUUUGACACUUUUGACCGGAUCGCUGCGCAGAAUCGUCUUAAGAGUGGAUCUGCAUCGCCGGAAGUAGCCGAGAAUUAUAGCGCCUACAAGGAUAAUGUGAAGUCGUUGGUUCUCCGCGAGUAUGUGAAUGAUAGCAAUGAUGGACAUCAUCUCCAACAAGCCACGGCUACGGCAGAGUUCGGCUCGCCGUAUGAUGAGAAAAACAGCGUUGAGCUAGCCAUAACCCAUACGGGAGAUAAGCAUGUCACAUUCAUUGAACCCAUCGCGCGGUUAGGAUUCGGUCUUGCCAUCCGCUCUGCCCUACGUGUUGUCGAAACACCCUACGUCUGGGUCCAACAGCACGACUGGGCCCUGGUAGCCAACAUCCCUCUCCAACCAUUGUUAGAGGUAAUGGACACCUCCUCUACAACUGGAAACACACCCAAACCCAUAAGAUACAUUUCCUUCCCAUCAAUCCGCAUGCACCGCUACGCCGUCUCAGACUGCGUCAACAGCUACCCCGCCCUCCGAUCCCUGACAGCCACACUAAAAGAGGACUUUUCAUCGUCAUCGCAACCAAAUGUAAAAGUUCCCCUGACGCCUCUAUUCUUCUGGUUUGAUAAGCCUCAUCUCGCGUCUACGGAGCAUUAUCUGUCAAGAGUGUUCCCUACGCGACUGGCGAUGCGCAGGGGCGAGUUUAUUGAGGAUAAGAUUGGGCAGAGGGCGAGAGGACAGAUGAAGGAUGGGGAAUGGGGGAAGUGGGCUACUUGGCUUUAUUAUCCUGAUGAUGGGAAGGAGUUGUGUUUGAGGCAUUUGAUGGGGAGAACUUGGAAGGGGGGUGAGGGGGGGUUGGUGGGGAGGUAUCAGAAGGAGACGUGA